CGGACAUUAUCGCAAUAGAGAGAGAAAUGAAACACAGAAAGAAACAGAAAACAGAAAAAAGGGCUCUUGAAAACCCUAACACCAAGUCCUCCUUGUCCCCUUUCUCAUCGACACAUCUCUUGCUAUUUAUUUUGAUUUCGUUUCUGCCUUUGUUUUAAGAUUGACAAGGUCCGAGGAAGCUUUAUUUAUAAUAUCUGGCGAAGCUUUAUUUCUAAGCAUGCUUACGUGUGUGCCAUCGGGAUACGACAAAGUGUCAGUUUGGAGAGCAUUAAUAAAGAGUUUAUACACUAACAAAGUUAAUCUUUCGAAGAAGAGGCAUAUUUUCUUCCCAUUGUUUCUCCCGAGUUUUUGAAACAGUAGGUGCAAGUUUGUUCAGUUUUAAGACACUUCGAAUAAGCUUUCACAGCUAGCGUCAGAUGUCGGAAGUUGGUAUGGCUGUUGUGAAACCUGAGAUGAAGUCUUACAUCUGGCUCCAAACUGCCGAUGGUUCAAUCCAAGAAGUAGAAGAAGAGGUUGCAAUGUUUUGCCCCAUGAUAUGCAGAGAAAUUCUUCAAACAGGCAUGGGAUCCUCAAAAAACUAUGCUAUAUCACUUCCUCAACGUGUGAAUCCAGCUAUCUUAGGCUUAAUACUUGACUACUGCCGGUUUCAUCAAGUACCAGGUCGCUCAAAUAAGGAGCGCAAAACUUUCGAUGAAAAAUUUAUUCGAAUGGAUACAAAAAGAUUAUGUGAGUUGACGUCUGCUGCUGACAGUCUCCAGUUAAAGCCUUUGGUUGAUCUUACCAGUCGUGCACUUGCCCGAAUUAUUGAGGGGAAAACACCUGAGGAGAUACGUGAGACCUUUCAUUUACCUGAUGACCUCACAGAGGAAGAGAAAUUGGAGCCUCUUAGAAACAUUACUGACGAUCCACGCAUCCGACUGUUAAAUCGAUUAUAUGCCAGAAAGAGGAAGGAAUUGAAAGAGCGAGAGAAAAUGAAGAAUGUUGAGGUUGAGGAGGAGCGUGUGGAUGAACGCUCUGUCGACGAUCUCUUGUCAUUUAUAAAUGGUGCAGAUGGAGAUUCAAAAGGUGGUAAAAGUAGCAAGAACAAAAAAAAGAAUCGUAGAAGAAAAGACCAAUCAAAGGAAUCUUCUUCAGACAGUGUAAAUGAGACCCAUAAGAAGGAGUUGGACACUUGCCCUUCUGCUUGCCAUAAUGGGGAGAUUAAAGAUGUUUUGGUUGCCUCUCCAAGUAAAACUUCAAAUUUGCAAGAAUCUGGAUCUGCCAUGCUUUCACCUAAGAUAGAUUUUGAUGAUGCUGACAUUGAUGAUGAUUUGGAUCCUGCAAUGAAGGAGGAACUUGACAGGGAAGUUGAGGACUUCGCUCGUAGAUUAAAUUCAGAUUGGCCAGAGAGGAUGCAGGAAAUACUUUCAUUGGGCCAAGAAAGAAGGCUAGUACCAUUAUCUAUGAACGGGAAUGGUUCUUUAUGUAAAUAUUCAGGUGAGUUCUCUCCUAGUUGUUGUCUUUCUCAUUAUACUUCCCACUGGGCCCUGUCUCUUUUACCACCCCACCCCCUCCAUUUUUCUUUACAUAAAUGAUUGGGAUAAUGAGAUUUGAGAGGUUCAGAAAUGCUUGAAUUUGUUAGUUGAUGUCAACUUACAGUGGCUUGAGACUUGAGACUUGAAGAGUGCCCAAAGUCACCAUGUUGGUUAGAUAUGCAGACAGUUGUACAUAGGAGAUGCAGUGCAUACUGAGGAUUUUCAAUGGGCUUGGUCAACUUUUCAUGCCGAGGAUUUUUUUUCCUCUCUAUCAUAUGGUCAUGUUAUAAAGCAUUGAAUGCAAUAUUUGAUGUCUAAACAGGUUUGGACCGAAGAUAAUAUGAGGUAAUUUCCAUCCGAAAAUCAUCAGCAGCUUGAGUGGUUUGGAGAAAGUUUCUGCCCGCAGUUUGCUGCUGUCAGAAGAUGGAAGAAUUGACACUUUUAUUUGGCGUGGACUGCAUGUGAGUUCUUUUGUCUGUUUGACCAUCAUCGAAGGCAACAUGUCUCGGCAUAUUGUAUGUUGGAAAAAGCGUUGAAAAGUGGAAAAUAAAACUCAGAAGAGACAAAUGGAGCACAAUUUGCUCUUUUGUCAUCAUCUUGAUCUGUUGUUGGAGUUGUUUGUGAAUUCUCAUCAGCGAGCUCAUGUACCAUCUGGAAAUUAUUUCUUUCACAAAUUUUCUCAUUUUUGGAAUAUCAUUCAGAUUUAUUUUUCCACAUUUACUACAUAACUUCCUUUUGGCUUACUCACAGAGGCAACUAAUCUAUGUGGAGAAAAAGAUUUGAGAAUAUUUGAAAUGCAUAGUUGAUUUUUUUGACGACCAUUUGUUUAAGAUAUUAUUGUUUUAAAACUUUCUGGGGAAGCCGGUGAAGAAACUUCAAUAGAGCGGGGCUAACACAAGUUCUGUAAUCUCAUGUGUGAUUCUCUCAUAGCAAGUUUAUUUGAGACGGUGGGAGUUUUUGCUCUAUAGCUUGGGUUCUCUGCUCAGGAACUACAGUUAGGCAUUUGUAGGAGUAGAAAUUACAUUCCUCAUCUUUUAUGUUGAGAGUGCAGCUCUUAAUUAUUAUUGUUAUUAUGGACUGUAUCCAUUGUAAUGAAGAGAUUGUCUACAGAUUUUUGCAGUGUCAUUGGUUCACCAUGCUUUUUUCA